AUGAUUGGAGAUAUCCAAGUGAUAGUGUCAGCCAGCACUAUCAUAAUUAUAAUUGCACUGUCAGAAUCUGUUUCGAGAGUCAAGUGUUUUGCAGCACUAGACUCAUUAAACUUCAUCAAGAUAGUAUGUUUUUCUGUCCCCUACUUCACUCCAAGUCCAGAAUCAAACAAUCAGCAUCCAAUUUACAAAAUAGAUGGAUCAGCAAAUAGAGUAAUUGCCAAAGCAUGCCAGGACUUGAACUCCUGGUUUCAAGGAGCCAGGACUCACCUCACCAUCCUGGCUCCUAGUUCUACAUUUGACACAUGCUGGGCAGACAAUACCAACACCUUAAGUGGUGGUUUCUUUUUUCAGCCUGCAUUACCCAUGUUGAGCCUUCAAGCUGAUGGAAUACGCCCUGGGUUAUUCUCUCUGGCACCUGACUUUGAUUCAGGCUUUGAUCAACCUUUCCAGAAUUCAGGUCAAAAUGCACUAUUUCCCUUUGCUAGCCAGGUUGGCGGCCAAAUGUAUGGCCAUCAUCAGUACAUUGCUGCUACUAGUACAGACACAUAUAUGGACUUCCCGUCUGGGCCCAAUGUGCCAGCACAGCGCUUGGAGCUUCCUAUGGCUCAACCUAUUCCCCAGCUGGGCCUCCAAGUAUUCCAGCUCCCACACUACAAGCUAAUAUGGCCUUUAACCAAGGAUAAUCUCCCUUUCCAGCUCCUAGUUAUCCCAGCUUUCAACUGGCUCCACGACAUGUCCUUCUGCCAUGCUUAUAGAAGUGAUUAUGCCAUGUACUUCAUCAAGCACAACAAGUUUCCAGAGAGUUUAACCGAUGAAGUCUUGGCUGUUGUCAUAUAUGCAGUUCAAUGGGAGUUAUCCGGCUGUCUUACAGGAUUCUACAAUCCUGGGCAUAGAUUUAACGAGGCUCCCUCCAGAGUUUACUACGACAAAGCACUUGCUGCUAUCCAAGACCUUUCAAGCAAAGAGAGGGUUAUAUUAGAUGGAAUUUUUUGUGCCCUACUUGUUAAAGGAAUGGCAUGGCUAAUAGCACUCCGGGCAAACUUAUCAGACCUGACCAAUAUCAAAUUAGUGCAUUUAUGA